AUGAGUAGUAGAACCCAUUCGGAGGGACAGAAAGAACAAACACAUGGUCUAGAAGAUGCAGAAAAGUUCUUUAAAGACGCCUGCGAAAUAUUUCAGCGAGAAGCAGCAAAACUUCGUCAGGAGAGAGAAGCGAUUGGCAACAUGUCGAAGAAGUUGGAACACAUUCACUUUUCUUCGACUGUAAAACUCAAUGUCGGCGGUCAUUACUUCACCACAAGUCUUCAAACACUGACUAAAGAUCCAAAUUCAAUGAUGACAGCCAUGUUUUCCGGGAAGUUUGAAAUGAAAUCUAGUGAAGACGGCGCUUUCUUCGUCGACCGAGAGGGAACUCACUUCCGGUUUAUACUUAAUUAUCUAUAAUAAUAAUAAUAAUAAUAAUAAUAAUACAGUAUUUAUAUAGCGCUAUUUCUAUUGCUAUAUUCAAUAGCGCUUUACAAUUCAUUUAUAACAAUUAACAUUUUAUAUGAUCAAAGGCGCUUUACAAUUAGUGUCUCUUCCACCCACCACACAGUAAUCUCGUGCAUGGGAAAUUAACGUCUCCCACCCCAACCCUGCAGGAGACGGGGCCUACGGUUUUACGUCCUAUCCGAGAAGACGAAGCAAUGAGUAAAGCGUCUUGCUUAAGGACACAACGUCAUGCCCCAGCCAGGACUUGAACCCGGGCCGUCGGACCCAGAGUCCAGCACACUGACCACUGGACUACUCACGCCUCAUCUUCGCGAUGGGGAGUUAAUUUUGCCAGAUGCUGCAACAUUUCUCAAAGAGCUUGAAGCUGAAGCUAAGUUCUACCAGAUCCAAGGCAUACUGGACGUGGUAAGGCCUAGGGCACCGAAGAAUUUUGAAGAAUCAUUGAUACUGACGAAUGAAGAGCACCGAACUACGCUCGAAAAUUGGUGA